AUUCACAACAAUUUGAAGAAAAAUACUAAGAAAUUCAAUUUUAAGCUUAAUUUUCUUGGUAUUUGUCCCCCAUCAUCACAAAAAUGCCACAAGAACGUGUAAAAAAAAACAAUUUUCCUUGGAUUGCAACAUGUCAUGCGCAGAUCUUGUAACCUCCGCUAGAUGGCAGCAGUGGAAGGAAAACAGCUGAAUUUAUCCACGAAGAAGAAACUGUCAAAACAGUUUGUUUUGUUUCCGCCAUGGGUUAGAAAAAAUGACACAAUAAACUGAACUUUAGGCUGCAAAAUUCUAAAUAUGCGGCGUAUAUUUUUUAGGAAGUGGGGACACUUUCUGCCGCGGUGUGGAGGCGCGUUUCCCGCCGGAAAAGUAUUUUGGGGGCGAACUGGAACUUGUGUGUUAGCCGGUUAACUUCGCCCUGAACAUGACCAUAUAUAGACCGGACGAAGAGCUCUCUUCGCGGUGAAAUGUAAACCCUAUCGGGGAGCUGACUCCAAAAAAUAGUUGGGGGGAAAAAGCGCUUCUGAUCAUGUCAUCUGAGCAGGUCAUCGCCAUCGUCGUGGACGAUAAGAUCUACGAGGUGGAGAAGAAGAAGCUGAUCGAGAAAAGCGACUACUUCCGGGCUCUGUACAGCUCCGGGAUGAGGGAGUCCACGGAGGACUCGGUGCAGCUGCAGGGGCUCAGCGUCCCCGGCCUGGAGCUGGUCCUGGAGUUCAUCAACACCUCCAAAGUGCAGGUGGUGAACGAGACCCUGGAGGAUCUGGUUGAGACCGCCUCCUUCCUGCAGGUCACCUCCAUCCUGACGCUCCUGACCUCAGAGAUCCGCCUGGACAACUGCGUGGAGCUGUACAACCUCUCCGGGGUCUACGGGACCCACGAUCUGCGCAGCUGCUGCCUCAAGUUCAUGAGCUGCUACUACCACCCCAUGCUGAGGCAGCCGGAGUUCAGCCGCCUGCCCUCUGCGGUCAGGGACCAGGUCAGGGAGAUGCGCAUGAAAGGCAGCGCCGCCCUGGUGGCCAUCGGAGACUUCACCUGCCUGUCUCUGGAUGUGCCCGACCGGGACCAGCCCUGGUCCAUGCUGCGGUACGGAGAGGUGGAGCAGCGCUGGAAGCCCCUGCCCAAUAACCUCCCCCCGGAUAUGGUCAACGUCAGAGGGUACGGCUCCACCGUCCUGGACAACUACCUGUUCAUAGGUGGGGGUUACAGGAUGACCAGUCAGGAGAUCUCUGCUGUUCACUGCUACAACCCCUGCAGGAACGAGUGGAACCACGUGGCUCCACUCAACCAGAAGAGAUCCAACUUCAAGCUUCUGGCUGUUCAAGGGAAACUUUUCGCCGUAGGAGGCCAGUGUCUGGGCACGGUGGAGUGUUACUGCCCAGAGCAAGACUGGUGGACAUGUGUGUCCUCCAUGCCAGACCCUCUGACGGAGUUUUCCGCCUGCGAGUGUCAGGGCUUCAUCUACGUCAUGGGAGGAUACACGGCGAGAGACAGAAACACCAGCGUUCUCCGUUACUGCCCCACUUCCGACUCCUGGGUCGUGUUCCGGUCCUGUUCGGUCCACAUCCGCAAGCAGCAGAUGCUGUCGGUGGAGGACACCAUCUACCUGGUGGGCGGUUACACCCACAAGCUGCAGAUGGGUUGGCGCCGGCGGCGCCCCAGCCAGUCCGAGGACGUCCUGACGGUGCAGUCCUACAACGUGACCACCGGCGAAUGGCUCCAGCUCAAGGAGAACACGUCCAAGUCGGGUCUGAACCUGACGUGCACGCUGCACAACGACGGCAUCUACAUGAUGAGCCGGGACGUGAGCCCGCUCACCAGCCUGGAGCACCGCGUCUUCCUCAAGUACAACAUUUUCUCCGACGCCUGGGAGGCCUUCAGGCGAUUUCCUGCUCUGGGGCAGAACACGCUGCUGUGCUCGCUUUACCUCCCCAACGUGCUAUGACCGCCGAACGGCGGGGGGCGGAGCUCAAGUAAAUCUUUGUGCCUAUAUCACUUAUUUUUUCCAUCUGGAGCAAAAACCAAAAAAAGUUUGUGUCUCUAAUCUGUUAACACUCAACCUUCACUACUCGGAUCCUCAGAGACUUGAAUCGUAACAAUUCAAACUUCUAUGUUUUGUUUGUGAAGACAGACUUUCUGCACUUCGAAGGGCUCACCAUAUUCCUGAUGUUUACACUACGGACCCGGACGACUAUGUCGGUCCAGAUUUGACCAAAAACCUUCCAGUCUGCUUUGGUUUGAGGGUGCGUGCUCUCUGCACUGCUACAGAAACACACUAAGCCACCGCUAACGGCACUCUUCCAUGAACUGAACGACGCACACGUGCCUUCUGCUGCUUCACUCUAGAAAACUAAAAACCACUAAAUCUGUUCUUUAACUGCUUUUUUUAAACCUUUUUUUAACCGAUGUACAUGUUUUUUUUUCCAGGAAAAAGGUAAAAGUCUAUAAUAAAAAUAAGAAUGAAGGUCUUUGUGUCUUCAUUUAUUAAUUCUAAAGUAUUGAAUCAAAUGAUCUAAUCAAUGAUCUGAGUAAACCAGUCCUUUCAUUUAAAAACAAACAAAAUAAAAAACUACACUUGCAUACUUUACUUAUAUAAAUGUUAUAGCAUAAAAUAUCUUAAACGACUGGGUUUUAUUUGCAAACAAGCCUUAUUGACCAAAUGGACCAAAGGAUGAAAACUUCAUUUGAAAAGUUAAAUAAAAGCUAAAUGGAGAAUUUGAUAGACAUGUAGAACAUAAAAAACAAAGUGUUGGACAAAAAAACAAAAAACAACGAAAUGCUAAAUUAUGUGAAUUCAAAGAUGACUAAUAAACAAAAUAAAAUAUAUAAAAAUGCUGCAAAAUAUGAGUUAAAAAUUGAGGCAACUGAGACAAAAAAAAACUCAAUGCAAAAAAUGUUAAAGACUGAUUGAUGUAAACAGAACAGCAAAUGCAGGACAAAGUAAUUUAGUAAGAAGUAGCUCAGAGAGACGGAAACCUGUUAAAAAUGACCAGAAUAGACUACCAAAAAGAAUAAAAAUUCUCAAUGGUUUGUAGGGUAAAAAAAAAAAAAAAAACAAGAAACUUAAAAAAAGCUGGAAGGAAAAGAAGAUGAAAUGCUAGAAAUGAGCUAAAGACAAGAAGACAAACACAAAAAGGAAAAAAUGCUGAAUGAAAUGCUAAAUUACAGGCCAAUUAGAAUAAACUAUUAGAUGUGUUAAAUAAAAGCUGACAAACACAAUUCAUUGCUGAGCAAGAAUAAUAAAAUAGAUUCCAAUAGUGUAAAUUUACACGUUAA